UUGAGCCAUGUGCAUAAAAAAAUCAGCUGGUUACAUGUUUCAAAACAAAUAAUAAACAAAGGAACAAAAUUUCGUGAAUAUUGAACAAAAAAUCAACCAAAAAAAUGUUAUCAAAUCUAAUAUCAUCUCAAAAAUUUGUUCUUAUUGUUGAUAGCAAUGGACAAGAAAAAAUCGCCCUGCCAACAAUUAAUGGAUUUCUCAAAGAACAAGGCCAAAGUGAUUCAAUUAAAUUAUUCAAUCCAAAAAGAGAUGCGAAUUGCGAAGAAAAUAACUAUCAAACAUUCCUAGAAGAUUGCUGCGAUAGUGAAAAUAAACUCAAUGUCAUUCUUCCUCCUCUAAGUGAUUUACUUCUUUAUAAUCCAAAGAAAUCGGAAUUAUUUCAAUUUAUCCAUCAACUCAAAUUAAAUCGUAAUAUCAAACAAAUUUAUGUGUGGGCUUCAAAAGUGCAUGCAUUCGAGACAUUUACAAUAGCAUGCCUUGAGUAUAUGGCUGACCAUAUACUUUAUAUUGAAACAAAAGAUACUCUGUCCAUUUUAACUCGUAAACCUGGAGGUGCAGUUACAAAUAAGAACUAUACUUUUACUAGAACCAAAGAUAGUUUUCAAGUGGAAGCCAUCAAAAAAGCAAUUAAUAAAGUUGAACAAGUAGCUGUUAAGCCAGAACAACUAGGUACCUUUAAAAUUGAGUUGGAAGAAGAUGAACUAAUUGCAAGGAAUGCUCUUAAAAUGCCUUAUGAGAAAACUAGCGAAACUGAGGGAAGUGGUGGUGGAAACAUCAUUUAUACUCCAGAUAAGGAUGAUGAUUUCGACGAAGAGGAUCCUGAUGAUGAUUUGUAUAUAUAACACUUACCAUUAAAAAUCUUUGUAAAUACAAAUCGUGUUCAAAUAUAUAAAUUGAUUUGGUAAUUCUAAGUAAACAGA